AUGUUUAAAGUUGCUGUACCCGUUACCGUCGUUCUUUCGGGCAUCGGCGUAUGGCAACUAUUAAAAUAUUACUGGAGAGAAAAACGUCAAAUCAAACUUCGUCCAUGUGGCCAUGGGAGCGUACAUAUCAUAACAAACAGCGAGGAAUGGGAUGCGCUGUACCCAAUCCUCCAAAAACACACACAGCUUGUAAAGGUGGUGGGUUUGGACUGCGAGUGGGUUUUCAGCGAGGGUCACACGAAACCCGUGGCGCUGGUCCAGAUUUCAACCCAACAGGGACUCUGUCUGCUGGUCCGUCUCAACCGCAUGACGUCAUUACCCGCCACACUGAGGACAUUCCUAUCUGACCGCAGUAUUUUGAAAGUGGGCGUGGCUGUAAAGGAUGACGGGAGGAAGUUACGUGUGGACCACGGCCUGUCUGUCAGUGGCUGUCUGGAUCUGCGAUACCUGGUGUCAAAAUUCCAGCACAUCUAUAAAUGCGACAAUUAUGGACUGCAGGGAAUAGCGAAGGCGGUUCUAGGGUUAUCUCUGAAUAAGGAGCAGAGUAUCCGUUGUAGCGACUGGGAGGCGGACAAACUGUCGUGCAAUCAGGUGGCGUAUGCUGCAGCGGACUCCCAAUCGGCCGUAGACAUCUUCACGAAACUGGUCUUCACUGUUGUCUUUGGUUGCGACCCUAACACGCGGGCUGGUGCGGACGUGUCGUCUGUAAGGAGAAACACAUUCUGCAGGGUGGUGGAGGAGCUGAGCGAAGGCUUGGUGGACAUGAUAUACCGCAAUCCUCGUCACAGGUUCCGGAAUAAUCAUAAACCUAUCAUCGACAGUAAGGACGAUGUUGACGUCAGCAAGGACGGUGUUCACGUCAGCAAGGAUGGUGUUCACGUCAGCAAGGACGAUGUUCACGUCAGAAGGGCGUUCUCCCCACGUCAGCGCCCUGUACGAUUCAGCUGCCAGGUGCUGGCUCCAGACGGCACAUACCUGUGUAUGUGUGACACCUGUAAGGCAGACUGGUAUGUCCAGAGGAACCUGGGCUGUAAAAUUAAAGAUAACCCAGUAACUAUCCAGCUAAAGGUACUGCCGGACACGGACAAUGAAGACGCUGGGGUUUAUAAUUUACAAAAUGGUGAACACCAUUGUGUUGUGUGUGGUCAAGUCAACUGCUACAUAAAAAAAUUCCUUGUACUUCAAGAAUACAGAAAAUAUUUCCCUCGUGAAAAGAAAGCGACGCGCUUCCACAACGUCUUGCUGUUGUGUCCAUCUUGUUACCAAGUCAGCUCCAACCAUGACGCCAUUUUACGCCAACUUCUAGCGCACGAGUGUGAUUCCCCAUUAGAUUCAGGAGCUGGGGCGAAAACCGUGAAGGACUUUGAGCUACAGAAAGUAAUCAGAGCCGCCAAAGCUCUGAAGUUAAAUAAAUCUACAAUUCCACAGCAUCGAGUACAGGAGCUGGAACAAACGCUGAUGGACUUCUACGCAGUUCCGGAAGUGAGCGACGAAUUGCUGGAGGAAGCGCUAACUCUUCAAACAAGGGUAGAGAAUCAGCAUUACAUUGCACAUGGUAAGAAAGUGGUCUACUAUCAAAAAGCUCAUGGAGGUGUCAGCGCGUUUGAAACCAGGUGGCGGCAGUAUUUUAUUGACACCAUGAAGCCAAGAUAUCUGCCACCAUUUUGGGAAGUGGACUGUGGGAAUUAGUGAUGGUGAAAAUCGAUGAAAAUACAGUUGUGACUGUACUGAAAAUAUAAUUGUUACCGUAAUAUGUUGAUUUGAUUGUAAAUACUGAAAAUAUGAAAUAAAUAUAAUAUACAACUGUU